AGGUGUCGCCAUAUAAAUGGGAAGCGACGUGGUCUUAUCAGUCUCAGUUGAUAAUCGGAAGUGCAGCAAGUUGUAUAGUGGUUCAGGAAAUCUUUAUCAAAAUGAUACUCACAAAAGUUGCGAUUUUGUUGGCCGUUGCCUCCCUCGCUUGUGCAAUCCCUGCCCGUAAUUCGAAGGAGGAAGAAUCGUCAGUAUCGUCAGCAUCUAAACUUUCAGAAGUUGUUAAACCUUCAUCGUCAUCAUCGGAUCAUUCUAAAUCUAAAUCAAAGUCCAGGUCAGAUUCGAAAUCGAAGGACAAAUUAGAAACUUCUGAUUCCUUCGGGGUCGGGCUUUUCCUUCCUUCUUAUCUUUCCCGUGGACAUAACGGGGGUUAUCAUCAUGGAGGAGUCAGUGGUGGGGUUGGUGUUUCGUCUGGGGGGUCAUACUCCGGAGGACUUGGGGCUUAUGGACAAGGAGGACUUGGAGGAUUGAGUGGUCUUAAUCAUGGACAUGCUGCUUAUGGGCAUGGGUAUGAACACCAUGCGUACGGACAUUCGGUAGCGUUGGGACCACAUGUGCAUGUCCCACCACCACCUCCAAUCCCACUGAAGUUCCCAAUCCCUCAUCCCGUCCCGGUCUUGGUGUACCAUGAAUUUUAUCCUCAUCACGCCUUCCACCACAACUACAAGAGCCACGGAUAUGGUCACAGCGCGGCGUUUGGUGGGGGGUAUGAGUACGGGGGGAAGGGAGAGUACGAGGUGGGACAUGGACACAGCCACGGCCACGGGAUUGGGGGUCCAGGUCCUUUCAUGGAUUAUCCUCACCUUCAUUAGCAUUUAAAUAGAUUGCUCAGUUUUUGUAAUAUUAUUUUUUAACAAAAAUGCCAAAAUUCAAAGAAACAAAGACCCUGCGUACGAAUUUCGAAAGUACUUCAUUUAUUGUUAAUGCGAAAAAAUUUGCAAAAGUCAAAAUUACGAAAUUCUAAAUUUAACACAAUAAUAUUUGCAAUACAAAUUGGCUAGUAGAAAA